UACUCAAUCAGGAUUUCCUAUUGACAACACGGGAGGGCAGCAAUCAAGCAUCCGAGAGAGACACGUCCUGUACAAUUUCUAGUUGUUUAUAAGGAUCACAAUCAUAUUUAUUUCCCCCAUUUCCUCAGUUUUACCUACCAAUGCACUGUAUACAAUGCUGUUUCAUAUUCUACAUUUUGAUUUCUUUCUAAACCCGGUUAUUGGAUUAUGUUUUGCUCUUAUGGUGUGCUUCUUUAUUCUGAAGAGGGUACAGAGUCGUCUGCAGUCCCUCCCCGGACCCACCAGAUGGCCUGUGGUCGGGAACAUCCCGGAUCUGGCAUUUACCCGCCAAACCUAUCGUCGUCUGCUAGAAUUCCGAGACAAAUAUGGAGACAUCGUCCAGCUGAGGCUGGGUCCCAGUCUGACGGUGGUCGUAGUUUUCGGACACGAUUACCUUAACGAGCUUUUGGUCGAACAUGGGGAUAAAACAAAGUUUAGGCCAAAUUGGCUCCAUUUACCAAAUAAACUUUUUCAGAAAACAGGUGUUUUAUGGAGUAAUGGAGAGGAAUGGUAUUCCCUUCGAAAGUUUACCAUGAAUGCUCUGAAAGAACUGGGAUUUGGAACAAGUAAUAUAGAGGAGAGAAUUCUAAGCGAGGCUGGACAUAUAAUUAAAGCAAUUCAUUCAUCGAACAAAGAUGAAAUAGAUCUCAGAAAGUUUAUACCAAAGGCAGUUUCGAAUAUCAUAUCAGGAAUUGUGUUUGGGGACAGAUUUGACUACGAGGACAAAGAAUUUAAAGACCUGCUUGAGAAUUUAGACUACAUCUUCAAAAAUUUUGGCUAUCAGCAACCGUCCAUUUUCUUCCCUGUUCUGGAGUCGGUGGAUGUUAGUGCACAGAAAAUUUCAGAGAACAUGGACAAAAUUUAUGAGUACUGUCAACUCCAAAUCAAACGCCAUCGGGAAACCUAUCACCCCCAGAUCAUCCGCGAUUUUAUUGAUAUGUACAUCGAGCAGCUGGACACAGGGGUAGGAGAAUUAUCGGAGAGGAGUCUUUUUCAGAUCAUAUUUGACCUGUAUGCUGCUGGCUCAGAAACGUCCUCCACUGGUCUAUUGUGGAUCAUUUUCUAUCUCAUCAAGUACCCAGUGGUUCAGACAAAGUGCAGAUCAGAGAUCAAGAGGGUAAUUGGUCUUGAUGCCACUGUCAGCUUUGCAGACAAGGAAAGACUACCUUAUGUCACUGCCACAAUAAACGAGGUACAGAGGAUGUCAACCUUAGGUGCUCUGAGCCUCCCUAGAACUAGUUUAGAAGACGUUGAGAUAGAUGGCAAGGUCAUUCCAAAAGAUUCAGUCAUUAUUCCGCAUAUUUACUCCGCUCAUUACGACAAGAGAUACUGGCAAAAUCCAGAGGAAUUCAAACCAGAACGAUUCAUUGAUAAAGAGAGACAUAUCAUCAAACAUAAAGCAUUCUACCCAUUUUCUAUUGGCCCUCGUGCUUGCCCGGGUAAACAGUUGGGAGAAAUGGAGCUGUUUAUCUUCACUGUCUCUUUGAUACAGCAGUUUGAGUUUAGCUCCAUUAUCCCUCCUGAGGACCUCAGUACAGAGGGGCUCCAGACGGGGGUAACACUGGUACCAUCUUCAUACAACGUCAAAAUCAAGUCGACAUGAAAAAGAGUACCAUCUUCAUACAAUGUAAGAAUCAAGUCAACAUGAAAAAGCAUAUCAUCUUCAUACAACGUCAGAAUCAAGUCAACAUGAAAAAUUGUAUCCUCUUCAUACAAAGUCAGAAUCAAGUCAACAUAAAAAAGCGUAUCAUCUUCAUACGUCAGAAUCAAGUCAACAUGAAAAAAAGUACCAUCACCAUACAACAUCAGAAUCAAGUCAACAUGGAAAAGCGUAUCACCUUCAUACAACAUCAGAAUCAAGUCAACAUGAAAAAAUGUACCAUCUCCAUACAAUGUCAGAAUCAAGUCAGCAAUAAAAUAUUGUCAAAGAACUGAAAAGCUAACAGCCGGUGAAGGAAUGGAGUUAGAUGGCAUAAGGUUGUGGCACUGAACUAGGAUCAAAAUGGAUGUAGUAACUAAAAACCAACUCACAGAAGUAAUUCAAAGAACUGUU